UUUUAGUAGAAAGAGUAUGUUUGAGACUAUAGACAGCACUGUCCGGCUGGCUUCUCUUGUAAAUUGAUAUCGCCUUCGGCUCACUGAGGUGUCGCGCCUCGAGGGAGACAAGAUGGUCCCUAUUUCCGGUACCCGCCUCAUUGCCCCCCCCCUCUCAACCUUCUUGCCGACCGGGACUUUCUCCUUGCUUCUUUAUGUCAAAAGGCUCUUUUCAGCACGAUUCUGCGCUCCCCUCCUCAGCAGUCACUACCAUGAGACGUCGCAAAAGCUCAAGGGCGUCAUCUUCGUUGGCGAUGACUUUCACCUGCCGCGGACAGCUUCGGAUUCACUUUGGGUUUGCUUUUUGCUCAACGAAGCCCGUCGGGCUUCAUCAGGAAUAGUGGCUUUGCAAGGAGGCAGUUUUGCCGCAGCACACCUGUCUUUGCGCCAUAUAUUACUCGCUCUAAUUUGGCUGUGCCUGCGCCAUACCUCACCAAGGAAGUAGAAAUUGUCGCAAGGAUGCAAGUGCUGAUCAAUGAA